AUUUUAUUUAUGGAAGGAGGAUACGAAAAAUCAGAUUAUUAUUGUUUGAAUGGAAAUUCGUUGAAAUGUAAGCUUGUAGAAAUUAACGUUUGUAAAAAUAGAAGUUUGUAGGGAUGGAAGUUUGUAGGGAUGGAAGUUUGUAGGGAUGGAAGUUUGUAGGGAUGGAAGUUUGUAGGGAUGGAAGUUUGUAGGGGUGGAAGUUAACUCGAAUUUUUUUUCAUUUUUUACACUGUGUCCGGAUAUUUUGAGAAGUGUUCCAAAAAAAGGGCAAACUUCUCAUUUUCUAUAAUAUUUGCCAGCCUUUAAACAAUAGUCCCACAACCUACCUGCCAGCAUCUAAAGAAUAGUCCCACACCCAACCUGCUGGUCCUUAAAGACUAAUCCCAAACCCUACCUGCCGGGUUUGAAACAAUAGUACCACAGACAUUCCUACACCAUACCCGUGGCUAUUUAUUUAUUUAUAAAAUAAAGACAUUUUUUUUUACCCGAGUUCACAAGUCACGCAUGAAAACCUUUUUGUCACUAGGUAAUAUUGAUUCAAAACAUGUGGACUUUAAGUGGGGGGGGGGGCGGUUUCAAAAAGGAAGCAGGACACACCAGAAGCUAUUUGUAUAUAUAAGAGAUAGCUCAGUUUAUUAUCAAGGAUGAAAAAGUGAUCAUCAACAUCAGUUUUAGCGGGAUAACGUUGGCUCAGACACAUCAUCGUAUUGAUCCAUUUUAUUAGAAAAUUUCAUCCCUUCCCUGGUGUUUUUAUUUAAACUUUUAGUGUCUCAUACACAUCCCCCCCCCAGUCCCCGUUUGUCAACACUGGUCAAGUGGUAAGAGGCAUGUCGACACCUACGACAGUGGGAUUACACCAGGAAACGGGGGGUCAAGCACUGCGAAGGACCCGUGGCAUGGUGACGGCGCCCCUGACGGUUUAUAUGAAUGCCAGCUUGGAUAAGUAUGAAGGUUAGCGUCCGUAGUUCUCGAACCAUCCUUUUGCCCGUGUCUCUACACUAUGACAGAUGUGUAAGCCGUUCGACUGUGGCGUCGAGGUUUUGGUUAAUAUUUUUCUCAAACAGAAUCUUGUUCAUAAUUUCUGUAUGUAUGGUGUGCUUCGUUAUUGUUUGAAUGCACAACUGUAAGCAGGAGUGACUCGAGAGUUUAUAGAGGAAUCUAUAACACUUAUAAAACAAAUUCGGGUAAGGACACAAAUCUUACUAGAUUGAUUGUAAUAGUGAACGCGCGCAGGUGAUCAGUGAACUUGGAGAACUGCAAAAACAUACAUAAACUCACUAACAAGUAUAAAAACUAUUUGAAGUAUUUCUUCCUGUUAUUUAAAUAGAGAAAGUAAAAUUCGAAAUAUCCAAGUACAGCUAUUUUACAUUUAUUUAAAAAGCAGUAAAAAAUCAUAAGGAAUUAUUGAUGAUUUUAUUUCAUUUAUAAGACCUUAAUGUUCACUGUAUAUAAUAUAUAUAUAUAUAUAUAUAUAUAUAUAUAUAUAUAUUUAUAUAUAUAUAUAUAUAUAUAUACCAGUAUUUGUGUUUUUCUUAAAAAACACAAACCGUUUUUUAUAAAAAAAAUGAAAAAAGACAAAAAAAAAAAAAAAUAAAAUAUAUAUAAUAUAUAUAUAUAUAUAUAUAUAUAUAUAUAUAUUUAUAUAUAUAUAUAUAUAUAUAUACCAGUAUUUGUGUUUUUCUUAAAAAUCACAAACCGUUUGUUAUAAAAAAAAUGAUUAAAGGCAAAGGAAAUAAAAAAUAAAACAGUAAGACAGGGGUCUCAAACUCACGGCCCGUGGGCCAUUUGCAGCCGGCAAGACGAUAUUUUGCAGCCCGAUUCAUGUUAAUGCGGCCCUCUCGUUUUCCCCAUUAUCAUAUCCAUAAUGUGACCCUUCAGUGGAAUCUCAGCGACUAGUCUAAUUCUGAUUUUUAUUAUGUUUGAAUAUGUUUUGACUUUGCUUAUAAUGGUUAAAACCGUUUUAAAAUCGCACUAAAAGUUUUUAUUUUAUAGCAUUUCAUGAGACAAACAUGGCUGAAGUGCGGUUUUAAAAAACAAAUUUAAAAGUUAGUUAGUAGGUAAUGCACAACCAUAACUGUGUAAACCGUAGCAAUCUGACACUGUAACAAUGAAUUCUUAAAGUUGCCAGUAGUGUUUACAGGUGAAGAAAAUUCCGAGUCUGUCAGCUUGGUCACUUUCAAAAUAGGGUUAGUCAAAAAGGCCUUUUCUACGAUAAAAAAUCAAUAUUCAUUAUCUCUAUCAUAGCAUUUUCCUUCGGAUCAAUAAUGCAUAAAUAUUUCCUGUCCUGAUUUCCGGUUGGACACAUUUUAGCCUUCAAAGCCUUCAUGGAGGAGAAUGGAGUGGUUGUUCCUGUACUAAGUGAUCCCAAAUGGCUCAUGGACUUGGCUUUUCGUGUUGAAUUUACACAGGAACUGAGUGCACUCAACAAGAAGUUACAAGACCAGGGGUAGCUUGUCGGUGUUGCCCUAUGACAAUGUCAGGGCAUUCUGCACAAAACUUGUGUUAUGGUUCUUAAAGAAACAACUGCCAUUUCCCAACAUGCAAAGUACUCAUGGACUCGGGCACACAAUUUAGUAGUAAGUAUACUGUUGCCAUUGCAAAGCUAUAGGAAGAAUUUGAUCCCUUCCUUUUAGACUUCAAAACACCAAGAGCCACUUUUAAACUUUUUGCUGAUCCUUUCUCUUUGAAUCUGGAAGAUGCCUUCCACCCCCUCAACCCUCUUUGCGCUUCAAAUGGAGCUGAUUGUCCCACAGUGCAAUUCUACGUUCAGGGCGAUAAAUGAAAAAAAAACCAACAGACAAGUAUGAACACAUUAUGAGAACAUUUCCCCCCAUCUUCCCUGAGAUUUCCAAGUUAUUCAAGCGAUUCAUGUGCCUUUUUUUGGGAAAAGCAAUUUUUCACUAUGUACUUUAACAAGUCAAAGUUCAGGGUAAAACCUACUGAGGAGCAUCUUUAAGUUAUACUGAGGGUCUCAGUUGGUUUCUCACUCAAGCCAAAUGUUGCUCAGCUGUGUAAGAAGAAGGGCUGCCAGGUCUCUGGUAACAGGGAUGAGGAGGAUUAAAGUUCACGAGAACCCUUAAUGUUUUUAUUUUUUAUUAAUAAAGGCUGAGAAGAUUGCAAUAGUAAUACUUUAUUGAAAUUGUAAUCGCUUUUUUGUGAAAUAAUGGAUGCGGCCCAAUCUCACUCAGACUCUACCAUUUGCUGCCCCCGGAUUAUUUAGUCUCACUCAGACUCUACCAUUUGCUGCCCCCGGAUUAUUUAGUCUCACUCAGACUCUACCUUUUGCUGCCCCCGGAUUAUUUAGUCUCACUCAGACUCUACCUUUUGCUGCCCCCGGAUUAUUUAGUCUCACUCAGACUCUACCUUUUGCUGCCCCCGGAUUAUUUGAGUUUGAGACAACUGCAUUAAGACAAGUAACAAAUGAAAAUCAUGACCAAAACUUGAAGUCAAUCCUCACUUUAAUUUGUUAAAAUCUUCAGUGCUUUGUUGAAUGGAGUUGUUUAUUGUAAAGAAGGCAAGAUAAUUUGGCCACUCAAAAUGUGAUUGCUACACAGCAAAUGUUGAAUCUGGUUAUCCUAGUCUUUCCGCGGCAAUACAUUUCUCGUAGUGUAAGACUAAACAUCUGUGUGAUUAAAACUAAACAUCUGUGUGAUUAAGAUUAAACAACUUAGUGAUUAAGGCUAAGCAGUUGUGUGCUUAAGAUUAAACAAUUGUGCGAUAAAUACUAAACAACUGUGCAAUUAGGACCAGUGUUUCUUUCAGACAUCCCCCCUCCCCGGGGAGCUUUUCAGAUUUUCGGGAGGGGGCAGUGCCAACUACCAGUGGCCAGAGGCGUAGAUAAGGGGUGUCAGAUGGGACAUACGUUCCGGAACGUUAGACAAGAAGGGGAACCACAAUUGGCAUUGGUGGUAUUAAUGGAAACAUAAUGAGUUUCAGAGUUAAGAGGGGGAGGGGGCGUAAAAUCAAUCACGUCCCGUGACACCAAACACUCUGGCUACGCCCAUGCCACUGGCGCAGUGAGGAUUAGAGUAAGAAUGUUCACCCUGGUAUCACUUUUUCGUUAAAUGGAGAUGCCACAUUUUCGGACAACUACAAAGUUUCUAUCGUGAAAGGAAGAGCGGCCAAAAUACUUGGCCCCAUGGUGACACUAAUAUUAGCUACGCCUCUGGGAAUGUUAUCUAUCACAAUCAAAUAAGCGAUCAUUUUCAUCAGGGUGUAGGGUAGAAUUCGAGUCGCCGAUGAAUAUUGCUUUUAUUUAUAAAAAUAAAAGCAAGAAAAAGAUCAUAAAGGCAAACACAGCCAAAACAAGAGCACACCACUCUGGUCGGAUAUGCACUGGAAGAAGAGGGGGUCUUCACAUACAUAGGCAGCACCAUUGAAUUAAAUGGUGGAUCCGAAGCAGAAUUAUUCACGGUUAGAAUUGGAAAAGCUAAGUCAGCAUGUGUGCUAUUAAAGAAUAUAUGGGAGUCAAAAGAGCUGACUCUUCACACAGAAGUCAGAAUUUUCAACACAAAUGUCAAAACAGUCCCUCUCUAAGGAGCCAAAAGUUGGAGAACAACAGCAAGCAUGACGUAGAAAGUGUAGACCUUAAUAUACACUUGCCUUAAAAAGAUCAUGAACAUCAAAUGACCAAACACCUUCACCAACAAUGGCUUGCUAGAAAGUACAUACUAGGAGCCUAUUGUUGAAGACUUCAUAAGGAAAAGAUGGAGGUGGAUAGGGCACAAUCUCCACAAAGCCCUAGAUAACAUCACCAGACACUCCCUAACAUGAAAUCCACCGGGAUAAAAAAAAGAGGAAACCCUAAAGACAUGGAAACUAGAGGAUGACACACAAAGUACAGGAUACACCUGGAAAGGAAAGCACAGACCCGAGAUUGUCCACAUAAUUUUUGUUACUUUUUCAAAAUCAAGAGGUGUGUUUUGGGGUGUAGUUGAAUUAAAUGUGUCUAUUAGACUUUUUGAUCAGAGGGUUGGCAUUUUUAAAGGUCUGGGGAGGCAUUAUGAUGCAAGUGCCAUACAUAAACUCAAUUCACUCCAAUUGUGGCGCUCCCCAGGGCAAAUGUUUAGCUCAAGCUUAUAUUGAAAAAUUACAAAGGGUUCCUAACUCAGGUGCUAGGCUAGUUCUAAAGGCAAAAAAUCGUGAUCACGUCACACCCCGACUUAGUUCACUUCAGUGGCUGCCUAAACAACCACGUAUUGACUACACACUCUCUGUUCUCUGACACAAUUUUUUACCGAAUUCCUGCCCUUCCUAUCUAACCGAAGUUCUCUCUGUCUAUUCACCCCUUCGACAGCUUUGCUCCUCCGUAGACAGGCGUAUUCUUUCUGUCCCAAAGACUCGCACAAAAGCAUCCGGUGAAUGAUCUUUCUCUUUCUGUGCCCUCAGAAAAUAGAAUGUCCUUCCACUACACAUCCGCAAUGUACCGACCAUCACAGCCUUCAAAACUGAACUCUAAACACAUCUCUUUAAACUCUACUAUCCUGACUUAACCCCUCUCCCCCUUAACCGAUAAACGAUGCUGAUGGGUGCCGUCCAUGACUUAACGUGUACAUAGUUCUGGAAUGUCUUGAGUGAAAAUACAUUUGUUUUGUUUUAGUUAAUUAAUGUAUGUUAAUUUUUAAGUUCAUGAUUAUCUUUGUUAAAAUGUAUGUAAAUCGUGUUGAGUCCAGCCCUAGGCUGGGAUACCGUGCUAUAUAAAAAUCACUAAUAAUAAUAAUUCAACCCUAUACUGCAACACUGAUCAGCAUGAGGGAAAUGGUCUACAAAUUGAGGCUGCUUAAGAAAGUCGCGGUAAUUCAAAAUGCAGGGGUAUAUUUGGGCGCAUACGUGAAAUUGGUGUUUCUUUCGGACAUUUUUGAGGUGGCAUUUCAAACUUUUGUGUGGGAAGCGCCAAAAUUAGCCAUAAUAACUAUCAAAGACGCACCUUAAAGACUCACCAGCGGCACAGGUCCUAAAUUGAUUCCAUUUGUGCUUACCUUGACGGUCUGCUUUUCCCCUAGCUUAAUGUCACCUAUUAAAUCUUUAAAGUCCUCUGGUAAAUUCAAAAUAUUAUUUUUAAAAACAAUACUUGCAAACAGAUGGGUCAGUUUGUUAAUUUUCUAAUAUUAAGAAGAUAAACGCUGGUGGGAAUGUAAUAAAUAUUAGAUAAAUAUUUUUUUAAUCCUCUUUUAUUCAGGAAAAUUUGUUACAAACGUUGCACGUUUAAUGAAAACACACAUUUUUUCGAUAUAAUAAUUAAUGCAAUGUGCUCUAUUUGUUUAUGCCCGUUCAAUUCUUAAUAAAACAAAAUCUCUCAAUUAAUUUUUAAUUUCCAUUUUAUAUAACUCAAAAUUCAUGGAAUCGGGUACAUUUACAGUUAUGCAAAUACAAAUAUUUUUUAAAGGCUAAUAUCAUUAUACAAUUUAUAAUUAACAACUAUCCCUACUUUAAAAGUAAUGCUUUCAUAAUGAAAUAUAAUUAUAAAAUAGACUGCGUAUGUUUGAUGCUUGGCAAGAAAUAUUAUUAGAAUUGUUGUCCUUGAUCUUGAUGUAAAGGUACUUUGAUAGAGUGUUAUUAAAGUCUUAAAAUGUGUGAAUUUGCGAAAAAUAAAUGAAUAAAAAUAUCAAUAUGUUCAAACAAUGGGUAUUAAGACUUCGGCUUAUUAUCAGGAGCGGUCGGUACGAUAUUUAAAAUCGAAUACUAAUAACGUCACAUUGGAGAUGACGUCGGUUGGUCGUCGAGCGAAGGCUCUUAAUAUCACCCCAACCCCCCCCCUCCCGGCUCAUCCCCACACGGGCCGACGCCGGGUCUCCCUGCCACCAGACCAUGCGGAAGAACGCCAGGAAUCCCCCGGCUUAGGGGACGCCCGGUCGACUGAAAACGCUGCUUUUAACGCGUUCGUGGUCCACUCUCCUGAACGGCUUUGUUUCCUCUCUGGGAGAAAGUUGUUACCUCCCCCCACCGUCCAGGAAGUUGUCCGGUCGGGACGAAAGCUGGGACGAAAACGUUCGCCCAGUAGCGGCUUUCUCAGGGCCGCGUAGCUGAAAUCAUCGCCAAGGUUUUUAACCGCCACCCAGGCCUCAUAACCCUUUAACGGCAACAAGUCAUCAUGUUAUUGCGUAACUCCCGUUGCCUUGGGAGUCAUGCAGCGGCCGGGGGUUUCUGGCUUCGGGAGGGGAACCUCCAUACUAUUCAGACACGCCACGAAGAAGCAAGCCCCAUGUGACACCUCCGUGUCUCGGUGAUGCGGGACUCUAACUUAAAGGCGUUCAAUCGUCGUCCUCCCUGAUAUUCGAAUACUAUAAGCCUUUAACAAAAUUGGCCUUAUAUAUGCGGAUCAUUAAAUAAUAUCGAACAUAGCGAUAUUUAAUAGAUUUCACUAAUUGUAAUCGGAUAAAUGCACCAGUUACUAUUAAUUUUUAAAACGGUUUAAAAGUGAAAAUUUAGUCAUUUUUAAUUUUAAAAAUAUAUAAUCAUUCUAUAAUCGUUCUAUUGUUUUUUAAUAUUGUUUUUGUAUCUAGGACUCUAGGACCUGAGCUGUAUCUAGAUGUUGAAAUGUAUCUAGGUGCUGAACUGUAUCUAGGUGCUGAACUGUAUCUAGGUGCAGAGCUGUAUCUAGGUGCUGAAUAUAUCUAAGUGCUGAGCUGUAUCUAGGUGCUUAGCUGUAUCUAGGUGCUGAGCUGUAUCUAGGUGGUGAGCCGUAUCUAGGUGGUGAGCUUUAUCUAGGAGCUUAGCUUUAUUUAGGUUCUGAACUGUAUCUAGGUGAUGAAGUGUAUCUAGGUGCUGAGCUGUAUCUAGGUGCUGAGCUGUAUCUAGGGGCUGAACUGUAUCUGGGUGCUGAACUGUAUCUAGGUGCUGAGCUGUACUUAGUGCUGAACUACAUCAUGUUGUUUUGCUGUAGCUGAACCGAUGCCUUCUCUAAACUUUUGAAUAUCUUCAGUUGUUACAGCUAAAAAUAAUGAAUAACGCAUUGUUUCAGCCUCUUAAAACUACAUUUUUUUUUAAACAGAGCCGUUUUAAGAGCAUCGGGGACCGUGUGCAAAGUAAUGUACUGAGACGCCCUAUAUCUUUCUAACUUAUUCAAGUAAUGUCUUCAAAAGUACUGGCAUUUCGUCCAGACAAUUUCAUAGGGGUGGGUGUGGGCAGCACUUUUUCAGGCCUCCAUAAAGGGAGGAGGGCAACCGUGUCUCCCAGGGCCAACAGUGACUCCCUCGACCCCCAUCAUACAUAAACAUUAAAUCAUUCCAGUCUUUGCGCCUCCUAAGUGUAUGCUUUUGACCUCAACCUAGUUUCACUCCUGGAAUCUGGAUCACGAAAUGAAACAGACGAUGUCGUUUUCGGGACCGAGGGCCCUCUCCAGGAAUAUUUGCUAAAUUUAAAAUGCUGAGGUAUAUUUUUGGCGCGUAUUUGAUUCUAAUCUUGAUCGGCGAGCGACAAAAGAAAUGAUGGAGGUAAUAUAGGUGUCCCAGGACCAGGUUGUGUUUAGCAAAGUAAAUUGAUUGAAGAUCUUUAUUUCAAUAAACAUUAACAAUAUGUGUAACUUGAUUCCCUUAGAGGCCCCCUAGAAGCGUGAGGCCACGGGCAAGUGCCCAGCGUGUCCAUGCCCUAAGACGGCACUUUCUAAAUGAUUCUGGCAAACAGAAUAUUGUUUGUGUUUAUCUCUAGGCUAUAGGUUUUUUUAAAUAAAAUCUACCGUAGAAAUAAUAACACUGAUCAAGUCAAAUCAAAACCCCCUAAAUAAUUAUUCACUUUAUUAUCAAAGUUCCCAUAUCAUUAACCGAAAGCUUGAUCUUUUAUUUAUCUUUACCUAGAAAAAUGCACUCUAUUCGCCACCCCCCACCCUAAACUGCUCUCACUUUAGUGUGGAUAAUGAAGAGUUCGGGACAUCAAAAUAAAAACAAAUAGUUAAAAAAAUAGGUCUAUAGUUUCAACUUUUUAAAGGUAGGCCUGGUGCAAGUGCGCUGGUUGCGCCAUAAUUAAAUUGGCAAAGGUCCAAGGUAAGUUAAUAUAUAUAUAACAUGUAUAAUUGCUUAUAUAAAUAACAGAAAUAUAAAUGAUUUUUUAAUAAAUGUAUCGGAUAUAAAUAAAACAAUAAGAUCACUCUUUUUUCCCUGUCAACAGUGGAAAUAAUUUGAAAAAGUGUCACAAAACACAACGCAGUGCACUCCAAAUAGACAAGAAUGAAAAGCAUCAUGCGCCUUCUGUCUUCUGACAAGCUCCAGUUGUCAAAAAGACUCCGCAAAUGUCUUCUCGUUGCUAACACUGUUGGCAUCGACGCCUGCGCUGUUUUCGAGAUGCUCCUGAUGAUUGCGAACAUUCAGACGUUAGGCGUCCCUAUACGAUUCGCCUCAUUACCAGGCACGGUGGCUGCCAUCUUAGCCGCUUUUCUCAUCCCGACGAUUGGACUUCUGCUGAGCAGGAGCACCCUCUCUAAACGCGCCAAUGGAAUUAUUGUCUUCGCCACGAGCUGUCUUCAGAUCUUUGGGACCUUGCUCGUUUUUACAGCGAAUACUGUAAAACUGUUAUAUUACGAUCAUCCGCCAGGACACGUAACAUAUCUGCAGUCGAGAAAGGCUGACAACAGAACAUAUCUAUCUUUAGGUAUGUCAACGACUUCUUCCCUGACUCCAAACUUGCUCUUCAAUAACAGUUCGUCCGUAUAUGGUGUAACUAGCCUUACCUACGGCGAUAACAUGACGGGGAACUCUUCGUAUGUGUUAAGUCAUGGAGCUCCAACGGUACCACCAGACAUACGAUUUUACGCCAUUCUAGCUAUGAUAGGUUUUGCGCUCAUUGACGCUGGCUAUGAUACCUCCACUUGCUUUCUAAAGACGUUUGCCGUGGCGCUAACUCCACCCAAGGAGCAUUCCAACAUAAUCUUCAUGUCAAUUGUGAUUUCAUCGAUCGGUAAGUUUUUAAACUUAAUGCUCAUCACGUGGCAAAAUUUGUGUGUAUGUAGAGAAACAAAUUAACUAAGGUUGCUACGAUUAUAAAUGUCGUCUCAAACAUUUUAAUUUCAACAGACUCAAUAUGGAAAAAGUUUUCUUAAUUAUAAAUUUAAAUUUAAAAUGAAAGUUAUCUUAAUACCCAUGCUUCGUUCGGAUAUUUAUAGAAAUUACUAAUAGAGUAGGGUGUAGGUUGUAUAUUGUAAAUAGUUUGGGCUCUCAAAUAGUCUACAGAAAACAAAUGUCAUGAUGCUAGAAGCACCGUCGCCUCCAAUCAUAUCUCUUGAGGGCCAUAACCUAUCGGUUGCUGAGCAUUUCACAUACCUUGGAUCAAAUAUUUCUAGUUCUCUCGCCUUUUACGCGUUCGAUGGCAUGACGAAGUGCCUAAACACAGAUGUGUAGCAUAUUGUCUGCUAUUAGCAUGAUGCGCCUUAGCUGGUUAGGUCAUUUAAGGAGAAUGGAGGAAGUCCGUAUUCCAAAGAAUAUGCUGUAUGGAGAGUUGGCAGGAGGGACAAACUUAUUGGAUGGCUGCGCCUGAGGUUUAUUGACGUUUUCAAAAAGGAGCAUGAGGGAAUCCGACAUUAAAAUCAACGAAUGGGAGAUCAUUGCUGAAAAACGUAAAAACGUUCCAGCUGUGUAUGAAGGAGUCAAAAAGGCAGAAGAUCCAGAAAACAAGCCCUUGCAACAAAAAGAACAAUGCGGAAGGUAGCCAUUCCCUGAAGUGUACCUAGCAGUCAUCUCGCGAAGACGGCGUGAUGCCAUUUUGAUAGUUGCAUGAUGCUGAGUGAUGAUGAUGCAUGUUAAGCUCUGCUAUUCGUAGGGAGAAAUUAUUCUCCUAUUUACAUGUAUGGCUCGUUUCAAAGCAGUGCAUAACAAGACGAUACCAAAUGAUAAAAAAAAAUAACAGAGAAUUACGACACUUAAAACAGUGCUAAAUGCAUUUAAUAAGUUUUAUGAAGCUACUAAUAAAUUACAUAAUAAAAGAAAUAUAAUUAAAAUCAUUAACUUACAUAAUAUGGUGUUUCUUGAACCGGUACAAAAUUGGAUGAAAAAUUACAAUGUGCCAAACAAAGGUACAACGAUGAAAAGAAUUCACACAUAUACGUAAACACAGCUCUAUCAAGAAUAACAUGCUCUAAAAUUAAAUCCUAGCCCGUCGUCCCGUAAAGAAAAUAUCUUAUCCUCUUAAAAAUAAUGCUUUCUCUGCUUUUUUAUAGUCUGUUCUACAGAAAAUUCCAGGCGUAUUACGCAUUGUAUUAGUGACUAGAACAUUCUACUAUUACUACCAUUUUCUACCACAUACUAGUCAAGAAAAACAGACGAUAGAUUGUUUUGUUGUAAACAAUAUCAAAGGGAAUAAUUUACGCCCCAUACUAAUGCAGAAUCUGCUAGAGUUCACAGCACGAGGGAAAAUAUGACGUAAAUGCGUCGUCUACAGAACACUGCAGUAACCACCUUCUCCACAGAAGAACAUAAAAACAUACUGGAGUGUGUUUCAAGAACGAUGUAUUUGUUUGAUCCGCAUUAACCCAGUGUCUCAGCUGUCAAGAACCAUGCACCGCUUUUCUACUCCCUAACCACAAUCAUCAAUUACUAAAGCCGCAACCCUUCUAGUUGGGCAUUAAACCGACUCCUAUGCCCAACUGCAGAUUUUUGUGUUGGCAUGAAUCACUAAAUUAAACUCUUGUCCUUCCGGAAAGUUUGCCUUAGCUGUUUUCAAAUAUUUUAUGCAUGUGUAUCGAUCAGGCAGAAUUUUUUUAAAGUUGACCGACUUUUUCGUAUUUUUUUACGACAUGAAAAAUUUUAGACUGAAUUGCCACAUCUUUUUCAUCGUUUGCAUCAAAAUAUGUUUCUGGCAAAUUUGGGACGAUGUUGAGAUGAAGGUAUCACUCUUACCGUUCUAUAAUAAUCGUGCCAAUAAACCUUAAAGUUUCCUCCGUGCAACUCCUGAGCUUCGAAGGACGUCAACUGAAAACAUCCAUUGUAUUGUCUGAUGUUUGUCAAUAAAUGACGCUGAGACUCAUUCAUUCAUUAAAUCCACUUCAGCCUGUUAAAAGUUCUAUCUUUAGGCUUUUUAAAAUUGUCAUGGCGAUGCUGUAUUCGACAGGAAACCUCAGUCCCAGUCACAAGACAUUCACUUCUCCAGAUGUGCUGAAGAGUUAUGUCUAAUGCUUCUAUUCAUUCUUGUUGUGAACCCCGCUGCACUCAUCUCUGACAAUGAUCUUGUUCUCCCGAAGUACCUCUUUUGUAUUGCACUGUUUCAAAAUGUUGCACGUAGUGGUCUCACAGUGAUUUAAAGGAAGAAGAAUAUUGAGGGCAGAGUGAACAGUCUUUUCGCCGUCCUGAAAUCGCGACUUUCCUUUCCCUUCUUGUGCUUUGAAGCAACAGGUUAGUCACCACUCACCGUUCAAUUGAAAUUUAUUACCGUAAAAUCUCACCAAAAAAAAAUUACUUGACAGAAAACCCAUAGCCGGUUCACGGUGUCCUUUGAUAAUCUUUUUAAAAAAGGCAUUUGAGUGUUUCGAUUUACCUGGUGCCAAGUUUUAAUUUUCUAGAAGGUCUAAAGUACUUAACUAGUUCAUUUCUACUUUCACCUUACAACCUCCCUUCCCAUCUAAGCCCCUGGGGAAUUUUAUAAAACAACUUUUAAUUUUUUUCAAUAGACCAUGCCAAUAUCAUAAAUUAUGUUGUCACAAACGUCAUUGAUCUUUUAUUUAUCUUUACCUAUUACGGUUUCCCCUAUUCCCCCUUAAAAUAGUUCCAUCUUAGGGUGAAAUAAUUAACGCGUUUAAUACUCUAUUAAUAUUUGAUUUAGCACCGAUGCCUUUAAGAAUUGCUAAAUGCCUACAAUGCAAAAUGAUCACUUCUAAAGAUGAAAUAAUAAGCUUAGCCAGAAUCUUUUUCUCCUCUCAAUAGGGCUUGUCAUUUAAUGGCGGAAAUCUAUUAAUAGAACUGAUGCUAUCAUUACUCAUCAUCCGGGUACUCAGCGCGGACAAAAUGUCAACACUGUUCAGUAUUACUAUGUUAGCGAAGUGUCCCUGAAACUUGUUUACAACUUAUUUUACGAAAUAUUUUACACAUUUUUUUUUUUACUUCUAUUUUCUGAAAUGGGACUUCAUUGCUCGAACGGCAUAUGUAACAGUAACUCUAGAUACAAGGAUCGUCCUAGCGAUAUGCUGAAACACAAUAUAAGCUGCCAUGUUUUAAGCAAUAUUUGUCCGCCGACCUUCUAAAAAUAGUACGCUAUGACGUUUUCCGGUCUGAGAAAUGACAAAGCCUAUUGCAAUGAAAUUAUCAAACGUUGUUGAGGUAUAAAAGUCUCCACAUUUUAUGGAAAUAUUUUUGGAAGGUGGGAGCGUUACUUUGUAUGUUUGAAUGUGUACACGACUGUGUUGUGAUUGGUCUUGUUUGCAUACAGAACAUUUCGGUUGUUUUGGGGAGUUGUGUUGGUGAGUUUUGUUGGGAGCUGUGUUGGUGAGCUGUUUUGGUGAUUUCUGUUACUGAGCUGUGUUGGUGAAGUGUUGGUGUGUUGUGGUGGUGAGCUGUGUUACGUUGCGCUGGUGAGCUGUGCUGGUGAGAUGUGUUGGUGAGUUGAUCUCAGGUUUAAUAAAGGGAGAAGUAUAUGAUUUGACAUUUGAGAGCCACUUGCUUAGUUUCUGUUGGUUCUGGACAAUCACGUAAUACAUUAAAAUAUGUCUACUCAGACAAAAUGUAAUUAAAUGUUUUGGACAGUUAGUGGAAGAUAAACCAAUAAAAUGACAUGAUAAACCAAUGAAAUUACUAGAUAAACGAAUAAAAUGUCUUGAUAAGCCAAUGAAAUGACAUGAUAAACUAAUGAAUUGAAUUGAAAAAACCAAGAAAAUGACAUAAUAAACCACGAAAUGACUUGAUAAACUAAUGAAAUUACUAGAUUAACCUAUAAAAUGACUUGAUAAACCAAGGAAAUGACUUGAUUAGCCAAUUAAGAGACUUGAUAAACCAAUAAAAUGACUUUUCAAACCAAUAAAAUGACUCGAAAAGCCAAUAAAAAGACUAGAUAAACUAAUAAAAUGACUUGAUAAAUCAAUAAAAUGACUUGACAAAUCAAUAAAAUGACUUGAUAAACCAAUAAAAAGACUGGAUAAACUAAUGAAAUGACGUUAUAACCAAUAAAAUGACUUGAUAAACAAUGAAAUGACUGAUAAACAAAUAAAAUGACUUGUUAAACCAAUAAAAUGACUGAUAAACCCAUGAAAUGACUUGAUAAGCCAAUGAAAUCAUUUGAUAAACCAAUAAAUGACUUUUCAAACCAAUAAAAUGACUUUAUAAACCAAUAAAAUGACUUUAUAAACCAAAUAAAUGACUUGAUAAACCAAUGAAAGCUUCCAUUGACUUGUUAUAUUCAGGUGGAUGCCUCAUUGCCGUCCUUGGGUCAGUUGGUUUGGGUAAGAUGCUGACAGCAGGGACAGCCCAUGACAGCAAUGCUGCUCAGUGUGCUCUGCUGUCAGGACUUUGCUUCGUUCUGAUGGUCUUUGGCCUAACAUCCACAUUGAUCACUGGCUUUUCCUGUCCACCGAUCAGUGAAUCGACCACCCCUUUAUCCGAGUAAGUUGUUUGACCGGCAUAAGGGGCAUUUAAAAAAAAAAUUGUCUCGCAUCUUAUCCACAAAUUAUUUAAAAAAAAACAAAACAACAAUCUCUUCAUAUGAACACACGCUACAAAGACACAACACAUAUACAACACCUACACAGCACAUGCGCAGCACAUGCAGACAUGUGCGUUGGUUCGUGUGUCGAAAUCGAUCAUUUUAAUAAUCGGAUUCGUGGUGGUUCUGAUUCUGCCUGUGUUAAAGGGCGGCUGGCUGAUGAGACCGAUUCUCUCUGUGUUAAAGGGCAGAGGCUGAUGAGACCUACUCUGUUUGUGUUAUAGGUCAGCUGGCUGUUGAGACCGGCUCUGUCUGUGCUAAGGGCAAAUGGCUGAUAAGACCGAUUCUGUCUGUGUUAUGGGGCAGCUGACUGAUGAGACAGAUUCCGUGUGUGUUAAAGAGAAGAUGGAUGACGAGACAGAUUCUGUCUGUGUUAAAGAGCAGAUUGCUGAUGAGACCGAUUCUGGCACCAAAAGUUCUAGUGUAGUAGUUGCAAGGGCUAGAUGGGACAUCUCCAGGUGCAGAGUUAGGCCGGGCUUUUCUGGCUUGUCAUUUGUGCUCUGCAGCCACUGUUGGCCUCAUGUGUGCUCUGCGGCAUCAUGUAUGGAGCCUCUGUGUAUUGAGGAAAGCCACGCUGCUCGAUCUUUUGCAUUCUCUUCCCACGUGUCCGGGUUCACAUCGAACGCUUUCGGUAAGGAUUUCAGGCGAUUGUUUUGAAACAGUUUCCACAGUCCACCAGCAAACCACCUCCCAUGCUUGAAAGCGUCAUAAAACAUUCUUUUCGGCAAGUUUUCGUCUGAUAUUCACACGUCAUGUAUUAAAAUAGUAAAGCUUCUGGGGAGACCUGCGUAUGCGAGUACCUAGGCGUGUGGCACCCUGUCCUGCCAUUCGGUGUUGAGGAUCUUCUGAGGCUCAUCGUGUGAAUGUGGUUUGACUCUCUUGCAUAGCCCCAAGAGACCAUCCACGUUCCACAGAAGUAGAAAAGAGUAGGAAGCACGUUCACCUUGUAGACACACACACACACACCACACAGAUAACAACACAUCGAGUAUCAUUAUUAAGAUAUGUUCAGCCAGACGUACAUUCUAUGAAACCACGAGACGAAUUUUAAGUUUAUUAUAUACCACUAGUAGUCAAGGGACUGUAUGAAUUUGUUUUUCUCUCAUUUUUUCCUGUUUUGCCAUAAAGAUCAGACGGAUCACCGAGAUGAACUAUUUUAUUGGAGGUUCAUUCGAUGCUAUAGUGUUUUUUUUUUCAAAAUUGAAACCAGGUCGAAGCAGGAGGCCACAAACGACAAUGGUUACAUUUCAAGCCAGAACGACAUCCCAACCGAGACGACCAAACUGUCCACACACUUAUUGGAACCUUACAAUGGCGUUGUCUUGGAAUCUCAAUCCUGUCAAGUAACGGAUGAUAUAAUCGACGGAAGCGCGCGCGUCAAGAGGACGGACAAAUUCUCACGGUUUAUCAAGAAAUGGAAGAAGCAAAUUAUCCUGAAUGUUUCGACAUUCUUUCUUAUUGGAGCUGUCUACUCUUUUGCAAUAUAUGGUGUCAAUUUUUUAGGUGAGCUUCAAUUUCCUAUGUUUAAACAAAUGUAGUAACAUAAAAUUGCUACUUGUUAUCAAAUAACCGAAUCAUGAUAAUACAUUCAACCCAAAAGAAGAUUUUGGUUGACUGUUUCUUUCAAUAUUAUUUGUUAAAUGUUAGACUAACAAACAUCUUAGACAAAUGUUAGACUAACAAACAUCUUAGACGAAUGUUAGACUAAUAAACAUCUUAGGAUAAUUUUAGACAAGCCAACCUCUUAGACAAAUGUUAGAUCAACAAACAUCGUAGUCAAAUGUUAGACAAACCAACAUCUUAGACACAUGUUAGACUAACAAACAUCUUAGUUAAAUGUUAGACUAACAAAAAUCUUAGACAAAUGUUAGGCUAACAAACAUAUUACGCAGGUGCUCUAGUAAAUCAUCUUAAUGCACGGAUCCUCUCUUCUUGCACACAGAGGUUUUUUAUUAACAUCUUCAUUAUAUUAAUCAUAAUUUUAAACCCCUAGGCUGUGCGCCGGAAAUAAAGUUAAUUGCAAGUCAGGAGUACAUUCAGAAUGUAGAAACGUCACAUUGGGAAAUGGGAUCAGUGGGUCGACGAGCGCGAGCUCUUAAUACUCCCCCCCCCCGCACACCUCCACAGGGGCAGACGCCAGUUGUCCCCGCCCCCAGACCGUACGGAAGCACGCCGAGAACCUCCCCCCCCCCCCGGCCUGGGGGACGUCCGGUCGACCAAAAACGCUGCGUUCGCGGUACCUCCACAGGGGCAGACGCCCGUUGCCCCCGCCCCCAGACCGUACGGAAGCACGCCGAGAACCUCCCCCCCCCCCGGCCUGGGGGACGUCCGGUCGACCAAAAACGCUGCGUUCGCGGUCCACUCUCCCGUGGGUCAGGACGGCAUUGCUUCCACUCCUGGGGUAAGGUGUUGCUUUACCACAUCCACCGUCCAGGUAGUCUUUCGGUAAGGAAGAAAGCUGGGACGAGAAGGUCACCUAGAAGCGGCUUUCUCACACCGCGUAGUUUUAGUCAUCGGAAAGAGCUUUAACCGCCACCCAGACCUCAUAUCCAUUACGUGAAACAAGGAAUCAUGUCAUUGCGUUACUCCCGUUGCGUUGGGAGUCAUGCAAGCGGCAGGGGUUUUUGGCUUCGGGAGAACAGUCCCUACUGGUCUGGCACGCCACGUACAAAUAUUGCUUAAAACAUGGCAGCUUAUUGUGUGUUUCAGCAUAUCGUUAGGACGAUCCUUGUUUCUAGAAUUACUGUUACAUAAGCCGUUCGCGCAAUGGAGUCCCAUUUCAGAAAAUAGAAGUAAAAAAAAAAAGUAAAAUAUUUCGUAAAAUAGAGUUGUAAACAAGUUUCAGGGACACUUCGCUAACAUAGUAAUACUGAACAGUGUUGACAUUUUGUCCGCGCUGAGUACCCGGAUGAUGAGUAAUGAUGACAUCAGUUCUAUUAAUAGAUUCCCGCCAUUAAAUGACACGCCCCAUUUCAACGAAAUGGGAAGAGAUGGGGAAAUAUAAAGGAAAAUGAAAAUGAAACGCAAUGUAAUCUCACAUCCACUCAAAAAAUGUAAAUAUAUAUAUAUAUAUAUACACACACACAUUAUACAUAGUAGAAACAUUGUCCGCCGGACUUUUGAGAAGCUGCACGUGAAGGCCAGGAGCUGGAUUUCGGUUGACAGAGGCAUUAGGAGACGCAAGCCUUACAGGGCCUUUCUAGAGGAGCGGAUGCUUAUCUUCCACCCCGGUCCUGGCCAUGACAGCCUUGCUCCAUAUAAAUAUGAGUUUAUAACACUAGAUUUGUAAAAUAAAUUACAUAAAUUAAGAUGUUUCCUUUGUUAAUUAACUCUUUCAUUGGCCGUGCAAUGACCAUAGUAAUAAUCUCUUCACCGGCUUCACCAGGUCGUCGAAUUUUCAAUGGUGAUCCUUUAGCAGACGUGAGCAGUCAAGCUUAUAAGAAUUAUCUAAAAGGAAUAGAGGCGGGUUCACUGGGUCACCUGACGUACUACGGAGCUUUCAGUGUCUUCAACCUUUUCCAAGGAAGGUUAAUGCAACGAAUUGGUAUGUAAACUAUUUCUUGGAAAAAAAGUUGUCUUAAGUUCAGCGGACGAUUUUAGUCUUUAACAUAGCCGACUUAACUUUUCAGGGAUUCCCAAACGGAUAGCAGUAAAUGAUCUAUUCGCUAACAUCCAAACAAGUUAAUGCCAAAUUUUUUUCGGCAAUUCGAAUUAAGUUUUGCUACACAUGGUAACGCAUUAUUCUUUAAAAACAUGUGAUUUGAGAAGAUCCCCAAAUGCAAGCAUAAGAAAAUUAACAGGGUUAAAAUUCAACAGAGCAAGAACUAGAGAGAAGGACCUGCAGAUCAAUUGGCCUUUUCCGUUACAUAUAGCUACCAUAACUUUCAACAUAUAUAUGACAAGCGCAAGUAUAUAUUACCUGACAGUGUAUUUGUCUAGGAAAUCAAACAACACCAAAAAAAAAAAAGAAACUAUAAAGCAGUGGUUCUCAACAUUCCUAAUGCCGCAACCCUUUAAUACAGUUCCUAUUGUUUAUUACCUGACAGUGUAUUUGUCUAGGAAAUCAAACAACACCAAAAAAAAAAAAAAAAGGAAACUAUAAAGCAGUGGUUCUCAACAUUCCUAAUGCCGCAACCCUUUAAUACAGUUCCUAUUGUUGUGGUGACCCCCAUCCAUAAAAUUAUUUCCGUUGCUAUUUCAUAAAUAUGGGUAAUCCGAUGGCCUUAGGCGAAUUCCGUGAAAGGAUUCGUUCGACCCCUAAAGAGGUCGCGACCCACAGGCUGAGAACCGCUGCCAUAAAAGUCGCUUAACACAAGGAGAAGUCAAAGUUGAAUCGAGAGACUGGCAGGAAAUGAGAUGGCCUGUAAUGAAUAGUCCCGGGGAGAGACACCAAUAAAGAUAAUGUAUAAUCGGGAUUGGCUAAGAAGGAAGGCAACGAAUAAGUAAAAGAGCGUAGAAGUAGAACAUUUGUUUGCGAUACUAUGGCUCUAUUCUAAAAGGCGUGGAUGUCUUACCAUUUCAUAGUAAGUAGUGUAGACUGUGUUGUGGGGAAUACUGGUGUUCAGUUUCACUCUCACAGAGACGCCCCCCCCCCGCCCCACCCACCUUUUUUUUUUCGUUGCUGUUCUUCAUCUUUCCCACAUUCAGCUCCAAGUGGACCCAAUGACAUAAACAAAAUAUUCCCACGCCUGCCGGACUCUUGAUCUCGUCUCUACCCGUCCAAACUCGUUCCUAUCUUUAGUCCAUUCUUAACUAACUUUCACGCUGUUCACCUCAUCUUUACACUGUGUGGAUUUAAAAUGUUCACCUCAUCUUUACACUGUGUGGAUUUAAAAUGUUCACCUCAUCUUUACACUGUGUGGAUUUAAAAUGUUCACCUCAUCUUUACACUGUGUGGAUUUAAAAUGUUCCCCUCAUCUUUACCCUGUGUGGAUUUAAAAUGUUCACCUCAUCUUUACAAUGUGUGGAUUUAAAAUGUUCACCUCAUCUUUACAAUGUGUGGAUUUAAAAUGUUCACCUCAUCUUUACAAUGUGUGGACUUAAAAUGUUCACAUCAUCUUUACACUGUGUGGACUUAAAAAAUGUUCACAUCAUCUUUACACUGUGUGGACUUAAAAUGUUCACAUCAUCUUUACACUGUGUGGACUUAAAAUGUUCACCUCAUCUUUAUACUGCGUGGACUUAAACUAUGUUUACAUGACGUGACGUUGUGGCUCCCCCAGGCUGGAAGCUGGUGAUAUCUGGGACGGCUCUGUGCUUCGCAGCUGGCAGUUUGCUGUGCGCACUGACCUCCGCCUUGUGGACGUAUUACUUGUGUGCGGUGUUUGCUGGACUCUACAGGUCCAUGGUGGCCACGAUCCCUUACAUUUUAGCCAACCAGUUUGCUCUAGAGCAGGUAACUGAUCUACCUUUAAAUCGUUAACACUUUUAAUCAGUCUGUGUUUCACUCACUCCCGUGGUGGCGCACCGUUGUUUUGAGUGAAGUAUUAUUUUAUAAAUAUUAGUGGUGGGUUGGGGCAGAUGGGCAGUGCGAAUGUGCGCAUCAGACCCAGAGAGAUUCUCCCACUCGUAAUAUUUUAUAAUACCAAACUAUUUAAAUUAAAUAAAAAUCUUAUUACUCAAAUGUUCAUUCCUCUUUUAUGGUAGCACAUACUUUUUUUUCUGAAUUCGAUGUUUUUGUUGAUAGUUUUCAUCAUGUAAUAUGCUAUUUAAAAUUCUAUCCUAAAUGAAAUAAAAAUUCUAAUCAUAUAAAUUGCUAAUAAUUUGAAAAGCGGUUUUUUUAGGUUUGAAGGAUAUUAUCUAAUAGUCAUGCGUAAAAAUAAAAUAGCAAGCAAAAGAGACGUGGUUUAUUAUUUAUAGAGCGAAACCGCAGGCCUCUGACCACUGACUUAGUCCAUGGUACGCAGGUCUCUGACCACUGACUUAGUCCAUGGUACGCAGGUCUCUGAUCACUGACUUAGUCCAUGGUACGCAGGUCUCUGACCACUGACUUAGUCCAUGGUACGCAGGUCUCUGACCACUGACUUAGUCCAUGGUACGCAGGUCUCUGACAACUGACUUAGUCCAUGGUACGCAGGUCUCUGACCACUGACUUAGUCCAUGGUACGCAGGUAUCUGACCACUGACUUAGUCCAUGGUACACAGGUCUCUGACCACUGACUUAGUCCAUGGUGUAGAUCUUAAUUACUCACACCCGUUAAUAAUACUUAAUGCGUACAAUGGGAAGUACACUAACUUCACAACGCAUUGCCUUCAAUGGGAAGUACACUGACUACACAACGCAUUGCCUACAAUGGAAAGUGCACUGACUUCACAACGCAUUGCCUACAAUGGGAAGUACACUGACUUCACAACGCAUUGCCUACAAUGGGAAGUACACUGACUUCACAACGCAUUGCCUACAAUGGGAAGUACACUGACUUCACAACGCAUUGCCUACAAUGGGAAGUACAAUGACUUCACAACGCAUUGCCUACAAUGGGAGGUACACUGACUUCACAACGCAUUGCCUACAAUGGGAAGUACGCUCACUACUCAACGCAUUGCCUACAAUCACAAGUACACUUGCCUACAAUGGGAUGUACAUUGAAAAGAGCUUUUCCUUCUACUGCUACAUCGCAAUGGAUUACGACCAUGAAGGAAAACGAACUAUUAUCGGAAAGAAAAUAGCAUAAUGAGUUGAUUCAUAUCAUAUCCGGUGUCAUAUCAUUUGUGGCUGUCAUGACUUGACUAAAUUAACAUGGAUUGGAUGUCAUGGCCUGGCUAAGUUAACAUGGAUUGCAUCACUAUACCGCUUAUUGAAAGGAACGAAAUUAUUCAGAUUAAAAUACAUUUAAAAAAGCAAAUUAUAUUUUUGGCUUUUUUAAGACGAAGUGGUUAUUUGGACCCAGGUCCGAGAAGUUAGAGGCUGGGAUCAAAAUUUUUUAAAAUAAUAUUGUUGUUAGGUUGUACGACAAAAUUCGGUAUCAAAUGAAAAAUAUUUUAAUGGACUAUAUGUUUGUAAAGUAAAUUAUUCAGUUUAACUAAAAUAAACUGCCACAAAUGACACCCGAAUAGCAUUGAGUCUAAAGGGACCCGGGUCCGAAUAGCGGCGAUGCGUUUCUGGUUCCAUUUUGACUAAAUGCUGUUCGGAUGUCAUUUGUGUUAGCUUAUUUUAAUUAAACUUAAGAAGUAAGUUUACGAACAUAUAGUCCGUUCAAUUAUCUUUCAUUUGAUACCAAAUUUGUCUUACAAACCAUACAAUUAAUUUUUAAAUAUUUUUUGAUAAACCAAAACUCUCACUUCUCGGACCCGGGUUCGAAUAGCCGCAGCAUUUUUAAAAUUAACCCUACUACUAAAUUUUAGUGAAUAAAGUUUAGAAACUACCACAAAAAAAUCAUUUUGGAACCAAACCACAUUGAAAAAAAUUUUAUGCGGCGUCCACAGCUAAGUUGUGUUUUAAAACAACACUAAAUGGAUGUCCCCUAAUUUGAUUGCCCUAUUUGUUAGCGUCUCGUGUAAUGAAUCAAAGAUUAAUGAUGCAUUUUUGCCCUCAGGCGGAUACCAGAAGUAGCACCAUGCCUAUGACCUUCAUAGCCACUAUGCUGCCACUGAACUUCAUCAUAUGCUCAGGCAUCAUGGGGCCUCUUAUAGAUGCCACAGACAACCCGGCCUCAUCAUUUUACUACACGGCUUUCUGCGCCAUUUUGGGCAUGUGUUUUAGCAACCUAAUUAAUUAG